UUCCGGUGACGUCAUACAAUUUUUAUGAACCUGGAAAAGGUGCGACUAUACCAAUUUGUAGAGACAACAGAUAAAUACAAACUGGUAUAUACAUUGAAUUCUUCAUUUGAAAAAUAAUAAUUGUGAUCUGUUUCCCGAAAAAGUCUUGUGUUCAGUGUUUCAUUGAAUACACAAGGCGCAUGCGUAGGCGUAGCCAUAUUGGAGAGGAAAAGAAAUCUUUUGAUAAUUUGAUGUUGUAAACAUUCGCAGAUAUUCAAUAGAAACAAAUAAUUUCACAGAAAUUUAAUGUUGAAAUGUGAUAUCUAUGAUACAAAUGAGUAAAAGAUUAUUGAUGAAAUGCCAGCAUUACCCAAGCCCGGAAAAUUAAAUGAUCCUGAAAUAGCAGCACUCUUUUCAACAGAGGAUCCAGAACGGAUAUUUUCAGAUCUAAGAGAAAUUGGCCAUGGAAGUUUUGGUGCUGUAUACUACGCGAGAAAUGUUGUUACCAAAGAGAUUGUUGCCAUCAAGAAGAUGUCCUACAAUGGCAAACAGGCAGGCGAGAAAUGGCAGGACAUAAUCAAAGAAGUGAAGUUCUUACGGCAAGUCAAACAUGAGAACACCAUAGACUACAAAGGUUGUUUCCUCAAAGAACACACAGCAUGGAUGGUUAUGGAAUACUGCCUUGGGUCAGCUUCAGAUAUCAUUGAAGUUCACAAGAAGCCAUUGAAAGAAGAUGAGAUAGGAGAAAUCUGCCAUCAGUGUUUGAAAGGUUUAGAAUAUCUACAUAGCUUUGGUAAAAUACAUAGGGAUGUUAAAGCUGGCAAUAUAUUACUUACAGAGAAUGGAACUGUCAAAUUAGCUGACUUUGGUUCUGCUUCCAUUGUGUGUCCAGCUAACUCCUUUGUUGGUACACCUUACUGGAUGGCACCUGAAGUCAUUCUUGCCAUGGAUGAAGGCCAGUAUGAAGGGAAUGCAGAUAUAUGGUCCCUUGGUAUCACUUGUAUAGAGCUAGCUGAAAGAAAGCCUCCCUUGUUCAAUAUGAAUGCUAUGAGUGCCCUUUAUCACAUAGCUCAAAACGAUCCUCCUACUCUAGCGGGUGGAGAUUGGUCAGAUGAAUUCCGUCAGUUUGUAGAUUCCUGUUUGUCUAAAAGUCCCUGUGAUAGACCCUCAGCUAAUAUUUUAAUAAAGGGUCCAUUUAUUGAUAAAACACGACCACCUAAUGUUAUAUUAGAUUUAAUACUAAGAACAAAAGAUGCUGUAAGAGAAUUAGAUAAUUUACAAUACAGACGAAUGAAAAAGAUACUCAUGGUUGAUGUGAUAGAUGGGGAGAAUGGUCCUAAUGGGCGGUCAGAUGUGACAGAGGAUGAUUCUUCUCAGGAUGGUGAUAAUGUAGACAGCAGUAAAUCCAGCAGUAUAGCUAGUCAACAAAGCUCUCAUUCAAUUAGUAUGAGUAGUAAAAGUAGUAGUCAAAACAGCAUUCACAGUGCCACUAAUGAUGAUUUAGUAGGAUUUAGUAGUUUCUCAAGGGAGAGGAGUUUUCAGUCCACGGCAGGACGUCCAAAGGAUUGGUCAAAUCCCAGAACGAGUAUUGCUGAACAUGCACACACAAACAAGUCGUCCAAUGCUAGUAAUAAAAGUCUUGAACCUGGUGCUAAUAAUUUCGCUACAAUAAGAACGACAUCGAUAGUUACUAAACAGAUCAAAGAUCACGAAGUGUCCAAUGAACUGAGAGAACAGUUUGCUGGAUAUAAACGACUGAGAAAACAACACCAAAAACAACUUCUUUCUCUUGAGAGUAAAUAUAAACAAGAGAUGGAAGAACACAAACAGAGAUUAGACAAAGAGUAUGAUAAUCUAAAACAACAGUUUGGUAUGGAAUUAGAAAGGUUAAAGAAAAAACAGCAGCAAGAUCUAGAUAAAAGGCAAAAGACAAAUCAAGCCAUGGAAAAGAAGUUGAUACGACAGAUUUCAGUUACACAAGAUACAGAAAGGAAAACUUUUGGAGCUAUGCAGAAAAAAGAAUACAAGCUCAACAAAGAACAAAUGAAAAGAGAAAUAGAUAGUGGAACGCCUAAAAAGGAAAGAGAAGAUACAUUAAAAUUACACAAGGAUAGAUUGAUGUCCCGACAAAAAGAGGCAGAAACUAGACUUGAAAAACAACACAAAGACUCUAUAGAAUUUGAAAUCCGUAAAUUUAGACGACGGAAAGUCGUACAAUAUCAUACUUUAGAGAAAGAUCAGAUCCAGGAGGAAUUAACAAAACUACAAGAACAGCAAGAAAAGGAACACAGUAUGUUAUUACGUCAUCAUGAGUCAACACAGGAAUUAGAAUAUAAACAAUUGUUAGCAAUUCAAAAUUUACGGGAUGAACAUUUACGGAAACAACAUAUUACUGAACGUGAAAAUCAAAAGGAAUAUAAUAGUCGCGAGGAAUCCAAUUUAAGGAAAAAACAUUUAAUGGAGCAUAAACAGCAGCCGAGGAGUUUGAAGCAAAAAGAGGUGCUAAUUCGUAAACAAUUUCAUGAAGCUGUGCAAACACAAAGAAAACAAUAUAGAGCUCUUAAGGAUCAUAUUGUACAAAAUACACCUAAAAAUGAACAAAAAGCUGUUGUGAAAAAAUUAAAGGAAGAACAAGUGAGGAAAUUAAAUAUUCUUGGAGAGCAGUACGAGGCCAGUAUAGCAGAAAUGUUACAGCAGCAAAAUAUGAGAUUAGAUGACGCCCAGUUAACGGAGGCACAGGAGUUGAAACAACGACUGCAGCAAGAGUUAGAACUCCUGAUGGCAUAUCAGAGUAAAAUUAAAAUGCAGAUGGAGGCCCAGCAUCAUAGGGAGAGAAAACAGUUAGAGGAGAGAGUGUCGUUACGAAGAGCUCUCCUCGAACAAAAGAUGGAUGACGACAGAACAAAACUUUCAAGUGCUAAAACAGAAAUGGUAAAAGCUUUAAAUGAACGACAAAUGAAAGAAAUUGAUGAAUUUGAUGAGGAGACUAUAAGUUUAGGUAUGAAUGCCAUGGAAGUGUUGGAAGCCUCUACGAUGGCUCAGAAUUAUGAUGACGAUGUUAGUUUACGAGGAAGUAUGAUAAGUCUGACUCCUAGCAAUAGUAGUAGUUCUUUUACUUCCACCUCGUAUCGGGAUUAACCCUCAUCAUGUUCGGCGUUUUACUCAGGUGUUCAGAACACCAAUAGUUAUUACCACACACUCAGUGAAUUUCCCCUUUAUAGAGGAUUUCAUACUCCAUCACUGUUCAGUUCUGAUCCAGGAAAAAUAAUGUGCUUAAUAUAGAAAUGUUAACCAUGUAUUCUGAACGUUCAAGUGCCUGCAGGCAGAAUGUAGAACCGCAGUGAUGGUUACCAAGGCAACCAAAUGAAUGUCCUUGGACCAGGAGUAGUUUACUACAAGUGUGAUUAAAAUGGAGAGGAUAUACUCUUCAUUAUGAAUGAAGUGCUUUCAUUAUUUAAGUUAUCUCACUUCAAGUCUUAGAGCGGGUUGCAAGAUUCAAAUUUUUUAAGAUUUUAAUUAAUACUGUAAUUCAAAAUUUUUCAUUCCUUUAUUGUGAUUUUUGAAGAAAUUGACACAAAUGCCAAAUUAAUCCCUGUGAUCAUAGUAUGUUCAGUAAAUACGGCAGUCAGAUGUUAUUAGAAUUUAAAUUUAAGUUUUUAUACAACUGUGUAAUAAAAUAUUAUACAAUUUUAUCACAUUCAUAUGAUAGAAUAGAUUAAAAAAGAGAAAUGAUUCAAUUCAAAUAAGAAAUAAAAUUGAAAACCUUAAUAAUCCAGUCUUGUUUUUAAAAAAUUUCCUUUGAAUUUUAACAACUGUAAAAAAUAUUUGAAAAAUGUGUAAUCUUGCAUCCCUCUAAGCUUGUUAAAGUAACUUUAAUAUGUUUUACUAUGCUUAAUUAUUUUGUUAAGUGUAUACCAAUUUAUGAUAUAUAUAUUAUUUUGUAUUGUAUGAAACUUAGAAAAUAUGAUAAUCUAAGAAUUAUUAAUAUUUAUGGUACUUAAAAAAAUUAGAAUGAGAGAAACCACACAAUAAAAUUACAUCAUGGAGGAAUAGUUAAUCAAAAUGACAUAUCAUUUCUGUUGAACAGAGUAGGUCAAACUUAGACGAAGGGAUAGAUAUAAACAAUAAUAUACUGUAAAUUUAGAAAUUAUGGCAUGCAUUUAUUAUUGGGAUUUUUUAAAGACCGACAAAAGUGUGAGUUCCAUUAUUGGGAUUUUAGAAAAAUCUACAUACAGAUCAACGGUUUAGUUUUCAAAUAGUAAGUUCUUAUUACUGUUAAUUCAGAAAUUAUUUUGGUCAUUUAUUAUUGCGAUUUUGUCAUUUAAGACUUAAAUGCGAUUUAAAUUUUUAUGAUUUUGAGAAAAAUUCUGUUUAAUUCAUAUAAAAUAUUUCAAAAUGCGAGUUUACAUUAUUGCGAUUACAAUUCUGUCACAUUUUUCGCAAUAAUAAAAACCUGGCAAUAAUUUCUGAAUUUUCAGUAUAAGUUACUCACUGAAUUGCAUUAUUUGUAUUAAUAAAAACAUCACAAAAAUUUCUGAAUUUACAGUAUCUUGAGUAUGGGGCAUAGCUUUUCUGUAGUGUUUAAAUAUUUUUGAUGCUGAUUCUUUUUCUGUAAAUUUGGUUAACGGACUAAUGAUAGGAUACAUACAAAGGAUGAUUGUAUAUUAGAAUUUGAAUUACCCCAUUGAGACAAAAGUUACAUCAUAAUGACUUCCUAUAAUAAAAUUUAAGUUUUGCUGAUGUUUUUUGGAAAACAGAUUAUUAAAUGACCGUUCACAUCAAAGAAUUAGAAAUGGAAUUGUAUAUUUUCAAGAAAGUACAUGAAGUAUGGACUGGUAUGUUUCUUACAAGAAAAACCUACAAGUUUUAUGGCUGGUCCCUUAAAACUUGUAAGAAAGAACCAAGGCACUAAUAAAUAACUGCUUAUAAUUGUUGACCAUUGAGAACAUACAUUUCUUAUAAAUUAUUUAAUGGGAAAUGCAAGUUGUUUGAGUGUUAAUAUAUAUUUAUCAAUGUCAUGAGUAUAUUUAUGGCUAAUUCAGUUCAAAAGUAAGAUAUACAAAAAAUCUUUAUAUAAUUUUAGGAAAGCUAUGCUCCUUUGUGAAAUUUACAUUUGAAUCCAAGUUUCGUAAGAUUUAAACAAUAUGGUAUAUUUUAGUUACUGCAUACAUUGUAUUAUUUAAUAACAUCCACUUAUAAAUAUUUUACUCCAUCUGUUUAUUUAUUUAGCUUUGUCAGGUAAUUCUACGACUGUCAUGUGACUGUAUACCAAUUUUAAAGUUACACCUAUAAUCAAAGUACCUGUACAUUUUUGUACCUAUGAUUACGGUAAUUUUUGUUUACCCUCUGUUAUAUAAGUGCCAACUGCAGUGCUCUGUUAUUAUGCUACUGUGGAUUCACUUAUUUUUCGUGGGUACCAAUUUUUCGUGGAUUAAGGAAAACUCACAUGUUCGUGGAUAUUUAAUUUCGUGGUUUUGCAGAAGAUUGCAUACAAGCCUAUAGGAAAUUUGUCAUUUCGUUGAACACUUAAUUUCUUGGUACACCUUUACCCACGAAAUCCACGAAAAUUGGUAUCCAACGAAUAAUAACGAAUCCACAGUAUAAGGAAUGCCUUUCAUUAUUUUUCAUUUCAUACACAUUAGGAAUAAAUGAUGAACAAUUUGUUACAAAAUAAGAACAAUUAAAACAUAUUCCUCUCUAAUAAACUUGUCAUACGUAAAUUA